UAUUACUUGCACCCAGCCAUUUUCUUUUCCUCUCUCUCUCUCUCGCUCUCUCUCUAUAAUUCCUUUCCGGAUUGUAGCUGUCUCCUAAUUUGAUUCUUUUAUGCCUGCUGUUUUCUGGGUUUUAUAAUCUCAUCAGAAAAAGCUUUUCUUCUAAGAGACAAACAGAUCUGGGAUAGAGGCGCACAAAAAAAUAAACCCCAACAAAUACAUACUUCAUCAGAUUCGCUUGACUUUUCCCAAGAACAUGUCUGCUGCUUCCUCGUCUUCACCGUUCUUCGGAAUCACAGAAGAAAACCCAAUUCAGAUGACACAACAGCAGCACCAACAUCAUCAAUCCUCCACGGCUGCUUCCUCGACUGCUCCAAACACAGCAGUGCCUCAGAAGAAAAGAAGGAAUCAACCUGGAACACCAAAUCCAGAUGCGGAGGUGAUAGCUCUAUCUCCCAAGACAUUAAUGGCGACAAACAGGUUCAUAUGUGAGGUAUGCAACAAAGGGUUCCAAAGAGAGCAGAACCUACAACUCCACAGAAGAGGACACAACCUACCAUGGAAGCUGAAGCAGAAGACUAACAAAGAGCCAAAGAGAAAGGUUUAUCUGUGUCCAGAGCCCACAUGCGUCCACCAUGACCCUUCAAGAGCCCUGGGUGACCUCACUGGCAUUAAGAAGCACUAUUCUCGCAAACAUGGCGAGAAGAAAUGGAAGUGCGAGAAGUGUUCCAAGAAAUACGCUGUUCAAUCUGAUUGGAAAGCACAUUCCAAGACUUGUGGUACCAGAGAAUACAGAUGCGACUGUGGCACUCUCUUCUCCAGACGUGACAGUUUUAUCACUCACAGAGCCUUCUGUGAUGCCCUAGCUCAGGAGAGUGCGAGGAACCCUGCAAGCUUAAACCCUAUAGGCACUCAUCUUUAUGGGACAAACCACCACAUGAGCUUAGGCCUAUCUCAUCAUCAGCAAGUUGCUGGUUCCUCAAUGUCCCAUCAUCAUCUUCAUCAUCAAAACCUCCACGCUGCUGCUGCUUCUGCAACAAACCCUAAUAAUACCGGUAUCUUGCGUCUAGGCAAUGCCAAUGCAGCAAAAUUUGAGCCCACCGGCUUAAUCUCACCCUCCUCAUCAAACCCAUCAAUGCCCAAUAAUUCCUCAGCUUUUUUCACCACAGAUCCGAUCCCUAACCAAGGAUUUCAGCAGCAAGCAGCAUUCUCGUCUUCCGGCAAGGCUUCCUCUAUACAUGGCCUCAUGCAGCUUCCUGAUCUUCAAGGAAACCCUAGUAAUAACAACAGUUCGUCGAAUCCUUUUAAUCUAGGGUUCUUCCCUAAUAACAGUAUGAUCACUGGUCAGUUCAAUAACCCUAUUGGUGAUCAUCAUCACCAUGUCGGGUCAGCUGGUUUAGCUUCCUCAGUGCUCUUUAGCAACUCAAUCCAACACGACGACGUUUCUCCAGCGGCGGCUCAUAUGUCUGCGACUGCAUUGCUUCAGAAAGCUGCUCAAAUGGGCUCGACCACAACAACGUCAAAUAAUAGUUCUUCCUCGUUACUUCGAGGAAUGGGUGGUUCAACAACCAAUAAUAAUAAUGGUGCUAAAUCGGAUAAUCUUGUCACUUUUGGAAGUGACGGUACAGCAGAAAACGACCACCACCACCACCACCACCAUCUUCGAGGGUUGAUGAACUCUCUUGCUAAUGGGAAUCCUUCCAUAUUCGGAAAUGUGCAAGCAGGGAACGAUCAGGCUAAUAGUCUGCAACAGAAUCUGGGUGUGAGCUUUGGAGGUUCUGAUAAAUUAACGUUAGACUUUUUAGGUGUCGGAGGAAUGGUGAGAAACAUGAAUGGUGGGUUUUCACAGAGAGAACCUCAACAACAUGGAAGCAUGAACAUGAGUUCUUUGGAACCAGCAGCUGGACAGGCAAGCCAAAGUUUCAGAAGCACGACGCUGCAAUGAUCGAGGAAAUAUAAAUUAGGAGAAGAAAUUAAUAUCAAACAUGUGAAUCGGACUAGUUUCAGAUGCCAAAGCUAACUUGGCUAAACCUUCGUUUUUUCUUUCUUUUCUGGAGUAAAAUAUACAAUUCGGUACUCCUUGAAGAAUAUAUCUCCUUGAUUAUUGAAUUAGUUCCUCAAAUUGAUAAUCAUGGUAAAUAUACCAUUUGGUCCAGUUGAUGGACUAAAGUGUACGUAACCAAUGCAUUAGGAGGUAUAUAUCUUUUCAGGAACCAAAUUGCGUGUGUAUCUACUUUUCUUCUUUUCUUUUGUUAGUUGGAAAUCUGUGUUGAAUAUUAGGGUUUCAUGCCUCCAA